UGCUGAAUCAUCGUGGAGCGAUGGCCGGACAGCUCGUCUGCUCGGGGAGCGACAGAUUCCCCCGUAGAGCAUGAGGUGGUGGCGAGGCGCAACUGGUGUAAUUGUGGUCCUAACCCCUCCCAAGCAAUGCUGGCACUGGAAGGGAUUUUAGCACUGCUUCACAGCAGCACAGUAGCUGCUUCUGCACCGCAGAGGAAACGUUUCUUUUGGGUUAGCCACCCUGCUCCAACGCGGGUCCCUGGCCCUUGGCACUGGGAAGCUGCCUCCCACAGGAGGCUAGAAGAGAUUUGCCAGGUUGCUGAAAAGUGCCUUUCCUGAAGCCACCGCUGCUUGGAUUUCUGUCUAGGGCUGCCUCUCUCUGCCCCUCGCCCCCCUCUCUUUUUAAUUCGGCGUUGCUUGCGGUUCGUGCCCUGACGGCAACUCAGCCUUGCCCGCCCCUUUUUUGUUUUUUGCUCCCCGUUUACACGCAGUUUGCUCAGCCAUUUUUUUUUCCAUCCCCGAGUAUGUAGCAAAUAUUUAAAAGAAAAGAAAGAAAGAAAGAACGAAAAAAAAAAAACAAAACCUCAGACGUCCUUUUGCUCGUUUUGAUGUUCGCAAACCGUAAUUUUUAGAAGCAAGAAAUAGAAGGGAAAAAAAACCACCCCGAAGUCUUCUCCCCAAGGACUGAGACCAUUCCACAAACUGAAGUGCUGCCAGCAGCAUAUGCUUUUUGCAAGAAUAAUUGAAACCAUUAACUGGAGAGCACAGAAUUCUUUUGAACGUCUGCCAGUUAUUUGCAAGUAACUUCGGCAGUGGCACAAAAUAUAACACUUAUAUUUUAACUUCUACAAUUGCACUUUUAGGAGCUGGCCUCUAAUUUGAUUUUCAGUUGUUCUGAUAAGAUUUCUAUUUUAUGAUUGGCUUUAUGUUUAAUUCUUGUUUAAACAAACACGAUUUGACUUAAAUGAAAACCUAAGUGCUGAUGAAUAGGAGUUCUACCAAAGCAACAAGUUAGUUAUUUCUUCACGUUUAACUUGAAUUAACUUUUUUACCCUUUUUUUAAAAACAAAAAGAAGAAGAAGAAGAAGAAAAAAAAGAUCAGCAGUAAAUAUUGCCCUGAAGAAGGGUGCGAUUGCUUGCAUUUUAAUUUUUGUUUUUUAAUAUGGCUGUAAAUGUUUCCCUGGUUCGUGAUACAAAAUGGCUGACGUUAGAAGUGUGUCGAGAGUUUCAGAGAGGGACUUGUUCUCGGUCUGAUGCGGAGUGCAAGUUCGCCCAUCCGUCACGGAGUUGCCAUGUGGAAAACGGUCGAGUUAUUGCCUGCUUUGACUCCCUAAAGGGCCGGUGUACCCGAGAGAACUGCAAAUAUCUCCACCCUCCCCCACACUUAAAAACACAGCUUGAAAUAAAUGGACGCAACAACCUGAUCCAGCAGAAGACAGCCGCAGCCAUGUUCGCUCAGCAGAUGCAGUUCAUGCUCCCAGGCACGCAGCUACAGCCCAUCACAACGUUUCCUGUGACUCCAUCACUUGCAACAAGCCCCACGAUGGCUUUUAGUCCCUACCUGAGUCAUGUUUCUCCUGGGAUGGGCUUGGUUCCUGCAGAGCUUUUACCAAAUACUCCUGUCCUGGUUUCCGGAAAUCCUACUGUUACAGUACCAGGAGGCUCUGCUGGGCAGAAACUGAUGCGUACGGAUAAACUGGAGGUUUGUCGAGAGUUUCAGCGUGGAAAUUGCACACGUGGUGAGAAUGAUUGCCGCUAUGCUCACCCUAUAGAUAUUGCAAUGAUAGACACAAAUGAAAAUACUGUUACAGUUUGCAUGGAUUACAUCAAAGGUCGGUGCUCUAGGGAGAAAUGCAAGUACUUUCAUCCCCCUGCACACCUGCAAGCCAAAAUCAAGGCAGCUCAACAUCAGGUGAACCAGACAGCUGCAGCUGCAAUGGCCCUGCCGCCUGGUGCACUUCAACCUUUACCAAAGAGGCCAGCACUUGAAAAAAACAAUGGUGCCACCACAGUCUUUAACCCAAGCGUUUUCCACUACCAACAGGCUCUAGCCAACAUGCAGUUGCAACAGCCUACGUUCAUCCCUACAGGGUCAGUUCUGUGCAUGACACCCACUGCAAGCGUUGUGCCCAUGAUGCACGGUGCUACGCCCACCACUGUGUCUGCAGCAACAACUCCUGCCACCAGCGUCCCCUUCGCUGCAACAGCUACCGCCAAUCAGAUAUCCCAGUUAUCAGUAGAUGAACUGAGUAGCAGCAUGUUUGUUUCACAGAUGUAGAAGUUCCCGACAGAACACAGACCAUGUUGAAAUUCUGAACAGUAAAAUUAUGGAGCACCAGGACUUCUUGGUGGGAAGCUGCGCAUGGCCUUUCUGUAUAUAUCCCCUCUUCCCUCUAUCGUUCUCUACCACCUCUACAGUAAGCCUGUUGCAGCCUACAUGUUAACCAAAAACUGAUCAAUGGGAAUGUCAAAAAAAAAAAAAAAAAAAAAGCACUAUAGAAACAAUUAACAAACAGCGCUCUGUUAUAUGAGAUAUACAAGUAGAAAAUUAUAAUAGACUUUUAUAACACAUUACUUUAACACACUUAAUCAUUUUAUGACUACCAUCCUGAUAAGUGCAUCUGCACAGCGGACUGUUGGUUUACUGUAUACUAUCGAUGGAUAAAUGUUUGUCUUGUUUUUAAAGUGUUAUCUUACUGUUUUGUUUACAUCAUAGUCUAUUGAUUUGUUUUAAAGUGUACGUCAUUAUCAAGUAUACUCAAUACCAUUUUUUCAUUAUUGUUAUGUCUUAAGUUUUCAUAUACUGUAGGUUUUAUGGGUUUUUGUUUGUUUUUUACUAAAAAUGUUAUUGUGGGAAACAGGAAUUAUGUGCUUGAAAAACGUGACACAGGAAUGUUCUGCCCUUUGCUGGAUUUUGCUCUUAAUGUCAGCUAAAGUCGCUUGUGUUAAAUGCUCCUUUUAUCGUUGAAAAUUUGCCUUCAGAAAGAGUCUCCAAAUUUUUUAGUUACAAGUGAUACGAAAGGACAGCUGUCAUUUUAGUCCAGUUCAGGGUAUUUAUUUCAAUACAACGAGCUGAUUCUGGAAACUUUUGGAAAAAAAAAAAAAAAAAAAAUCCCCAAAAGCCCACCCUCGGUAAGGGGACAGGAGUGAUUUGCUCAGACUGUGGUAAACAUCACGGGGUUUCUGCAGUUCUGGUGUCCAUUGAAGUGCAUUCUCAGCUGCAAACGGCGCACAAUCUCUCUUGCUGUUCUCAUGGUGCAGUCCAAAAAAAAAAAAAAAUAAAAAUAAUAGGUGGUGAAGGGAGAGAGCUUCAGUUGGGCAAAGACUCACUGCGCUGGAGAGGAGCAAAUGCCAGAUGUUAGCUGGAGUGAGCCCGCAGCCGUGACGUAGCCCAGGACGGGUAAUACCGUGCCCGGGGGCUUGUCUCAUUUCGGCCUGAAGUCUUUACCUGGCUCUUCUUGAAAUUUUGUCAGCGUGUACCGAUUAUUUAAUCACCGUUUUCCAUAAGUGGGUGAUCUUACCCCAUGAUCUAUGGCCCUUUAAAGCAAACACCGGUAGCAAAGCAAGAAAAAGCUCGGCGUAAGCUUUCUACCGUGGAUAAACGUUCACCUUAAUGGAGCUCCGGUAGGUCAGUGGAUGUAUUUUGGCACCUUCUACUUGAUCAAGAGCAACGUUUGCCACACAACAAGGGCUAGUUCUCGAUACCUCCUUUUCAUACGCACGAAUUAAACCAUUUCCAGCCCCUGCACCCUGGACAGCCCAGCCUGUCGUUAACGCUGCAUUGCUGAACAAUCUGGCUGCAGAAUGCAUUUUAGUUGAGGAUACAGCCACAUUCAUCCCCCUCGUAGCUCUACAGUAUCAUUGGCAUUAUGGAAGAGAUGGAUUUGCUCCGGUAAAUCCGCAAACUCGGUUCUAGGAGAAAAGAGAAUUGUUAUCAAAACCAAGCAAGAGGCCAAUUCCCGGUGUCUGGAGGACCAGCCACCCCAAGCUCACAGUGGUCCUGUAGGGUGCCAAAUUUUGACAACCAGGUUGCAUUUUCUUUUCCAAGUUCCUCGGCCCUGGUAGGGGACUUUCCUUGCCCCCUCUCCUCCAGCGUGAGCACAGCUGGUUUGCUAGAUGUGUAUCUCCAUGGACCACAAGCGAUGGAGGGGCAUCUAGGGCACAACCAGCGUGUCCCAGAGCAGGCGCUGCCCGUGUGCCCAUGGAGACUCAUUCCUAGCAAGAAUCUUUGAAGACCCCAGCUCGAAAAGACAUUGAGGCAGAAGGAAUCUCUCCAUUAAUUCCAGCAGGCUUUGAACCAAACCCUGAGAGAGGGGGGGAAAAAACAUUCACCCCCCACCCCCCAAAGCCCUCCUUGCUGAACCCUGUGUGUUGACAGUCACGUUGCCCAGCCAUCAGCGUUUACGAGCAGCAGCGUUGCCUGAAAUCAGACUCUCGUUUUUAUAUUGGCAACCACAUACCUGUUCUUUUCACCACUGAGUUUCUGUUUCCCAAAACCAUAACGUUGUUAGUGGAAAAAAAAAAAAAAAAAAAAGAAGUGGAUUUGAGUACUUCCUGUUUGAAAUUAUUUGUGUAUCAAAAAUGGGUUUUGCACAACCUGUGCCAGUGCCUCAACAAAGAACAGAGCUGAUCUUCUUAAGCCAGAAAGGAUGCGUUCAAGCUUGUAUAGCUUUAUGAGUUCAAGGAGGUUAGAAUUUUUUCAGUGCUAAAUGGAUUUUUGUAUAUCUUGACACUUUGAUGUAACCUCCUAUUUUAUUUAUCGACUUAAACAUCUGGCAUAGAUGUGCAUAGAAUGUAAACCUAGAAUACAGCUGUUUUCCUGUCACAUUUAAAGCACUGAAAAAAAAAAAAAAGGAUUUAAGGAUUAUUUUUUAUUAAAGAGGUCCAAUGAGGGAUGUUCAGGGUAGUUAUAUUAGGUGCCACAACAGUUUUUAUAUUGCUGGCAAAUUUAGAGUUAAUUUGUAAAUGAGUUUAAGGAAAGAAAAGCUUGAAGCACUAAACUUCACCAAAUUCAAAACAAUCUCGGCAAAAAUGCCAUUUUGAGGUAGCACUAUUUAAACUAGUUGUGCAAUGACUUGCUCUAAUUUUCUUUGUUCAAGAAAGAAAAGAAAAAAAAAAAAACAGUCGCCAGACUAUAAAUUUCCUAAAUAGACUAUUACAAAGUCACCGAGCUAGUAAGUGACUCUAAACAAAUGUCAUAAAAGCAUGAAUAUCAUCCUUUAUUUGACAAGAGAUGUAUGUAAGUUUGUUUAAAUCAAUAUAAUUUUAGUGACAUUUUUAUAAGCUUCCCACUUUCCAUGAACCUAUAUUUUUUAUUUAUCCAAAGUUAUUUCUCUUUGUCCAUUUCUCUCAGCCUUAUGCAAACAAUAUGCAAGAAAUGCUGAAACUUGGAUAAAACGGGUCAUGCAGAGGGAAAAUGAAAGCUGAGAUUGAUCAUUUUCACGAGAAAAGGUUGUUAGUAGUUUCAAUAAAAAGUACUGCUACUAAACUGUAACAUAAGCAGACAAUAAAAGAGGGAUUUAAAAUAAAAUGGAUUCAUAAAACUAUUAAGAUUAUUUUUGUUAAAUACAGUGUUUUUAGUAAUUUGGAACAUGAUUUCACAAUCAGACGUGGGUUGGGUUUUUUUGGGUUUUUUUGGUUUUUUUUUUUCAGUUGGGAAUUUCUAGCCGAUGAUUUUUGACUGUGUAUUUUAGCCUCGCGAUGUUCCGGUAACGCGUUACCUCCCCGGCCAGCCCGCACCGACCCCCUUCCCGCACACCCCGAAGCCCUUCUCUCCGCCGCCUGGCACCGCGCUCGGAGCGUUCCCGAAUGUCGGCGCCGCCGUCGGGCUGCCCACCAGCCGUGGCCGCUCCAGCUUCCCCACGGCACGGUCCCCCUGCCGGAGCCGGGCCACGGGCAUCGGGGCGGCGCUGGAGAUGGGCUUGUGUCCGGUGGGUGCAGCCGGCCGGAGGAGCUCGUGUGGGGCGAGAUGUCUUCUCCUCCGGCUUGCGGGCUGCUGGCUGGGGUGGUAGAGUAGCUCUGGGACAACGCGGGUCCACCGUGCUUGAGAAAACUGGAGUCCUCGUUCUGUUUAUCCCUUGUACAUUUCACAGACAUGAAAAUUGAAAAAGGUGAAAUUUAUGAGGAAAAUCUAAUUUCCCAUUCCUGUUGAAUGGAUUUAGUUUGAUAUUGACCUGAUUUUACCAUGUGCCUGUUGAAGGCCUUAGAGUAUAUACUGUAUGUUAAAGACUGUAAUAACUUUAAAAAAAAAAGAAAUAGUUGAUAGCCUAAUCCAAAUGUAAAUAUAGCUACAACACGUCGUUAGUAGGCUACAACGCAUUAAUUCAUGUCAUUUAUUUUCAUUUCUCUACCAUUAGUUUUUAAGGUUUUCAUUAUUGCUUUUUUUUUUUUUUGGUAUCUUUAGUAACUAAUGAAUUUAAUUUUGAAGGAGAGUUAGAGAAAGUUUAAAAUUUUUAAUACAUGUAUUCAGCCCAUUUAGUUAUAUUCUAAACCAACACUGAAGCAUGGUAAGGUAUAGAAUACAGUCCAUAACUAGUUUGUAUAGUUUACAGUUUAAGAACAAAAUUAACUUUGUAUGUAACUCCUACAAUGAUAGAUUCAUUGUUAACUAAUUAUAUUAAGUUGUUGUUGCUAUGGCAACAAAACUACAACAUGGCUACCUUUGUAUACAUUAUUUGUGAAAUUUUCACAUGUAAAUUAAAAGUGAUGUGUAACAGUAUGAGCUUGUUAAAGGUACAGUUCGAUACUGUCAGAUAAAGAUAUGAUUGAAUAUUUUUAAAAUCCCAAAGUCCCAUGUGAACGCUGAAUUUGUGUCUUUGACGUCACUUUUUCAGUCAAGAAGUUUACAACACAUGGAUUUAGAGUCAGGUUUUAUAGCUUGUAGAAAUUGUUGUGUGGCAAGGGUUAUUCCACAGUAUUUUCGCUUUGAAAACGCGACAGCCUGUAUUUGCGAUGUAGUGACCGGUCUUGCUUUCAUUUCACGUUCAGUCACACGGCGGGAAUUCGGAAUUAAUCCGUUUCAGUACUGUAGCGAUUUUUUUUUUUUUUUUUCUUCUCUCUCCAGAAAUUGAGCUCUCACGCAAUUAACGUUACGAUCAGGGCUAAAUAAUUAAGCAUAUAACUAUUUUAAUACUAAUUUAUAUUAGCAAAAACUGUACAUAAGAAAAAAAUAAAAAAUAAAAAAAAUAUUGUGGAAUGACCCCGUAACAGUGUUGAAGAUACAAAUAUGCUGCAGUUAAACUGAUUCAGUUAGUGUACGAAUGUGUGAGACACACCUUUUUUGCACUUAUGUACAUAGUCCACGAAAGAAAUCCUUGGAACUUAUUUUGAAUAUAAAAAGUCUGUAAUAAUACAGGAAAAGUUUGUAAAAGAGAUAGGUAUUACUAAGGCUUUGAAAAGGAGGAGUUUUUUGCUAUAAAACUUAUCUGAAAGCAUGAUGUUGCUUUGCUGUUGUAAAAGCUUUGUAGUUUGCCAUAGCUUAUUAUACAGCAGACUGAUACCAGGUCAGCUCCAACCUGCAGCACAGAGAAAUGGGAAACAGUGCUUAAUUAAUUAGUAAGGUCACUAGCAAAGAUUUGAAUGACUUUUUUUUCUUCUUCUUUUUUUUCUUCUUCUUCUUUUUUUUUUUUUCUUUUUUAAUCGGCCUACAUUUUCAAACACACCCCAGGUCAUGUUUCUGCCAAGGCUGUGUUCUCGGUGAAUCCUAUUAGGACUGAUAGCUCCGUGGCGGCGUCCACGCAUCUUUCCUAGCCCCUAAUCCUAUUUCUGGCUGGGAGCGUUUAUCCGUUAGAGGUGACUGUGGUUGCAGCGAGCGCUUUACAUCCCAGAGGGAAUUUGAGGUGUCGCAGCCUUGCUGAUUUUUUUUUUUUUUUUAAUUUUUUUAUUAUUAUUGUUUCCGGGCAAGGUAACAAAACGGAGGGGUGAGAUGAGCAGUGGAAGGACGGGGAUGGGUUUGGGUUGUCUUGGGCUGGUUUCUUUUUGCUGUGUACGGCGGCUGUGGCGGUCGUUUGAGAGAGCAGCGCCGGCUGAUGGGGCAGGGGGUGGAGGCUGAGGCUGGUGCUUCUGCUGGGGUUAAGAAGCCCCAUUGAGCCACCACCAGCGGAGAGCACCGCUGUGGUCCCCAGCCUGCCGAGCCUCUUGGGUCCCUUUCACUUGGCGGUGGUGCUGCCAGGGCUCGGCAGCCCCGAGGCGAUUUUGGAGAAGCCGAAGCCCCUGCCUUGACCCAUGUAUUUUUGAUUAAAACAAGUUGGGUUUGGUGGGGUUUUUUUGCAAAACCCAAGCCCCGGAUUCGCUUCGGAAAGGUGGCUGGUUUUGCCGUGAGGCUGGUCCCAACCCAAGUGAUGAGUUCAGCCCCCCCGCCCCAGAGCAGAACCGGUGGGGGAUGGGGCCCAGUGUCCCCCUCUCCCUUCCCUGCCUGGUCCAGGGCCGGGGGCCGCAGCGUCACUGCCCAGCGCAGGACCUGCUCUUGGGCCACUGCUGCUGCCGUCUCGGGGGUGUCGGCAUCUUGGCGCUGGCAGCGAGCGCCCAGCCAGCCCCCAGCGCACCUUGGGGGGUGUUUAAGCGGGGGUUUUGCCGAACAGGAGCUGUGGCAUCGGGUCUUCAAAAACCAGAGAGAAAAGAUCAGAUACUGCCUCUUUUCAUGGGUGUUACAACAACCUAGAUUUUAAGAUGAAAUAACCGGCGAAUUCUAGCCGCUGUGCUGUUAAGGCUUCCCUUUGCCAUCAUCAGUUUUUGUAAUCAAGCUCUUUCUCAUUUCUAGGAUUAUGAGAGAAAAAUAUUUUGCACUAUGAAAUGCAUCGUAGCUGGUCAAACUUCUUUUCACUGGGGUGUGAGCGUGAGCGUGACAACGCUGCGGAAAUCUUUGCUGGUGAUCUUUACUGACAUCCUCUAUCAUCAAAAAUAACUCUAUAUGCCUCUCAAAUGAGCUAGUUAAACAUGCAAAAAUAACACAACUAUUAAAUAAAAUGAAGUUAUUUUUCCAAACACACAACAGAGAGAAUUACCUGACACUGAAUUACAAGGUUCCAGUUCUUUAUUACUGUACACAGAUGCUAUUUGAUAGUGGUGGAAGCCAAAUGAUUUUGUUGCCAUGGCUUUUGUAUCCUAGCAGAUGAGGGGAUGAUAAGACCAUUCUUAGGUUGGAUUAUGGGAUAUUUUUUUUUCUUUCCAAUUAACUUUGUUUUAAUCAUGUUUUUUAUUUAAAUCAUGAAAACGAACCGAGACUCCCCACGCUCUUUAUUGUAUCACCUGACAACAGAUCACUUUUUUUUUUUUU